UUAGCCCAUGUGACAAAAGGACGUUGGAAAGUUACGAGGCAAGUUUAACCGAAGGCAUCUGACCAGAAUUCCCAAUUUUCUACUCUAGCCUAUUCAAAUGUGGACAUGUUUAUUGUGGGUUUUUUUACCCUGCGGAUAUGCAGGAUUAUUGUAUUGAACUUGAAUUGAAUAAUUGGUUGAAGAAGAUCAAUAGGCUGCUGUUGUGUAUAUACCGUAAAGUAUUUUCCAUUUUAUGUUUUCAUUUUAGAAAAGUUUUAGUACAAAACCUUUUUAAUCGUGGGACUAUUGACUCGUAGGCUAUUGUCUUUUCAAUGUUUUUAACAUCCCGAGGCACACAGGAACUGGCCAAGAGAAAGUGAACACCGAAUGCGCGCCCUUAGCGGUGUCAAGGAGUCAUUUCUGUUUAGGGUAAAUUACGGGACAUUCGCGUCAUUUCAUUUUCAAAGUCAUAUUAGCCGUUUGAGGUCAGUUUUUUUGUAAAUCCUAGGUGACCACUCACAGACACAUCUGUGUGACCAUGCUACAAAAUGGUAACGGUAAGGAGCAACCUUCUGAAUCGCCGACGGCUGAGCCAAAACUUGACACCCCAUCAGAACCUCAAACCGAACCAGACUCCACUGACAACGCGGCGCCGGCUGCACAGGAAGACACGAAUUCCACGCAAUUCCCUAUGCCCGUUUACCCAAAAUUGGAGAUAAAGCGUAACGCGGUGACAGACGAGUAUAAGAUCUCCAGUCAGGUCCUUGGGUUGGGGAUCAAUGGGAAGGUUCUGGAAUGCACCAAUAAGAAGACUGGGGAGAAGUGCGCACUGAAGAUCCUCUAUGACAGUCCCAAGGCGAGGCGGGAGGUUGAGCUACACUGGCGGGUGUCAGGGGGGCCAUACAUCGUUCGCAUUCUCAGUCUGUAUGAGAACAUGCAUCAUGGGAAGAAGUGCCUGCUCAUCAUCAUGGAAUGUAUGCAAGGGGGAGAACUGUUCAGCCGGAUCCAGGCCAGAGGGGACCAGGCUUUCACUGAGAGAGAGGGCUCAGAGAUCAUGCGGGAUAUUGGCACGGCCAUCGAGUUCCUCCACAACAUGAACAUCGCACACAGAGACAUCAAGCCUGAGAACCUGCUGUACACCCAUCAGGAGCGCAAUGGUACUCUCAAACUGACAGACUUUGGCUUCGCUAAGGAGACCACACACAACCUCCUGCAGACCCCCUGCUACACCCCUUACUACGUGGCCCCUGAGGUUUUGGGCCCGGAGAAAUAUGACAAGUCGUGUGACAUGUGGUCUCUGGGUGUCAUCAUGUACAUCCUGCUGUGUGGGUUCCCUCCGUUCUAUUCUAACACAGGCCAAGCCAUCUCUCCAGGGAUGAAGCGGAGAAUCAGGCUGGGCCAGUACGAGUUCCCAAAACCUGAGUGGGCUGAAGUGUCAGAGGAAGCCAAACAGUUGAUCAAUCAGCUGCUGAAGACAGACCCCAACGAGAGAAUGACCAUCACACAGUUUACGAACCACCCCUGGAUCAAUCAGUCCAUGGUUGUUCCCUCCACACCGCUCCACACCACACGGGUCCUGACUGAGGACAGAGAGAUGUGGGAUGACGUGAAGGAUGAGAUGACCAGUGCUCUGGCCACCAUGCGUGUGGAUUACGACCAGGUGAAGAUCAAAGACCUGGACACUUCCAGCAACCCUCUGCUCAACAAGAGGCGCAAGAAGGCUGCUGCCGGGAGCAAAUUGGGAGGCACCGUCUGCAACAGCCAGUGAGAGACUGACAUGGGAGGGAAACCACACCCGGAACAGCAGAAAAAGUGGAAGGGAAGCCCAGAGGAAGGAGGGUAGAUACAACUGGAACAGCUGAGAGGGAAAAGGUUGUGGGAGGUCUGGGCAGGAAUGUGUAGAAGAGACUUAGCAUGAGGAAUGUGUUCAUACAGCAGAGGGGGAAGAGUAAUGCCUAGAGGAGGGAGGGGUACUGCUAGGGAACAGCAGGGAAAUGUGAUUUGAAGCUUCUCAGCAAUCAGUCGAACUGAAGGACACAUGAAGUGAUGACAAAGUCUGCAUCUCUUAUCAGCAGGCCUUCAUACUGUAGGCCUUCCAUAAUUUUAAUUUGAUUGUGUUUUUGUGUAUGUGUGUGUUAAUUUGAAAGGUUGUUCAGGAUCUGCUAUAUAUAAUUUAAUGUAUGUUUGUUGUGUGUUUUUGUGUGUGUUGGUAAGGGAGAACGGGGUUGGUUGUCUCACGGGUUGGUUGUCACAGUGCUAAUUACUCCCAAUCUAAAUGGCAAUGUGUAAUUUGUAAGGUAAAAAUGUGUGAAUUAUUUGAAGGAAUUCAUCCAGCUGGUCAAUUCAUGUCAGCAUGACAAAGCAUUGAGGUGAGGGGAAUUUAUGUUUUUUGUAGGUGGAAGUAAAAUAUAUAUAUAUUGGUA